AUGUCCCCGUUUUCUCUUGUCAUUUCAUCCUCUAUUGGAACCGUGAUUUGCUUCGUCUUGCUGUUCCUGCUUUCCAUUGUUGAUAUCCCAUCGGUGCCUCUAUUUAUGACCAUCAGCAUAAUAGUUUCUGGCGCAUCUUCGUUUUUUGCGCUCACCGCAUAUUUGGGCGUGUUCAGAUUUAUUUCAGAUCUGCCCUCAAACUCAUACGUGCGAAUGAUGUCCAUUGGGUUUGGAGUUGCAUCUGUACUUACCUCUGGAAUGCGACUGGGUUCUGCUCUACUUUUCCCAAGAACUCCGGGCUCCCCCUCACACUCAGAUGCGUCGUUUUACUUUAUCUUGGCCACUAUUGUCUGCACAUUGGCAACGAUUUCGUUUUAUUACAUACGCAAUAGCGUAGAACGUCUUUCCAACUCGAAAAAGCAGGCCAAAGAUCAAGCUGAAAAUUCGUCAUCAAUAGCGGCCUAUUCAAAAGCAGAUGACGUUCCGCUCAAAUCUCUCCUGGGUAAAGUUUGGUGGAAAUUUUUCUGCCUGUUUAUUGUAUCUUUUCAAAUUGCAUUGGUCGUCCCCAACAUUCUUUAUUUGACCGCAUCAUCCUCCCCGUCCCAAAAUAUUUUGGUGAGCGAACAAGUUUUCCCGCUCUUUUGCCUUUUCAUCAUGUCUAUUUUUGAUUUUGCAGGACGGCUUGCGCUAAAAUGGAGGUUUUUCUCUAAUAUACCCACCUCUUUCUGGAGCUCUAUUGCUAUUUUCAGGUUUUUUUUGGUUGGUCUUUUGCUAUCUGGCAAUAUUUCUCCGAUUUUGAGCCCAAAUUUGAAGUUUUCCAUGCUCCCUUCUCUGUACGCAUCUGAUUUCCUUUAUUUUGUGCUGAUCUUUCUUUUCGGAUGCUCUUCAGGCUCUAUCACCACAGUGAUGUUGAUGAAAAUUCCCCCCUCAUUCGAGUCUGCAAAAAGUAGAAAGCGCGUGACAACAUGGAUGGUGGGAAUCCAAUCGUUAGGCUUCCUUACAGGCACAUUUAUGUCCUUUGGAUUGAAGUACCUACUUUAUGCGUCUGCCCUGAAUAUGGGUGAAAUUUAA